CAAAUCUAAAGGCAAACCCCCAAACAAUACUAGUAUACUAUAUACAACAAAUGCGUACAACGUGAAAAAAGAAUAAAAAUUAGAGAGAGAGAGAGAGAGAGAGAGAGACGCAGAAAAUUUAACAAGGCGAGUCGAACAUGGAAGAAGAACCUGCUUCUCUGUCUUCUCUUACUUUCUCUCUCUAAAAAGCAGCGAAUAACUGAAACCCUAACUUUGCUGUUUCAAUUCGUUUCGGUUACUUGUGCUCGACGCAUUGGAUUCCUUCUCCGUGAUCUGAAUCCGUCAAAUGUGAUCGGAGUUCCAUCGAUGAGGCAAUCUCGUCGGUGGCAGAGGAUUUUCAUCCUCUCUCUGCUCUUCCUCUCCGUCGUUGCUCCUCUCAUUUUCCUCUCUCACCGCCUUCAACUUCUCACUCCUUCUCAUGGACCAAGAGAGUUUUUCGAUGAUUUAUCCACUGUUACAUACAGGACAGAUCCUGUACUGUUAAAUGCUAUAGAACAGGAAGGGGCUGAAGAAAUACAAGAGCCUAAGGAAGUUGUUUAUAAGGAAAUAGACUUUGAUUCAGCAGUGAGUUACAGUGGUUCCGGAAAGAAUAAUAGUUCUGAGGAAUCUAGAAUCGAGGGGUUCAGAAGUAGCCUCUUGGAAAGAAAUGUUUCAGGAUUCGACGAUGACAAAAGACAAGACCAGGAAGCUCGGCAAAAUGGAUCAUCCUCGGUUGAUGGAGAUAAGAAGAAAUUUAAUACAACACUUACACACAACCAGAAUACACAAACUCACUCUCAAAGAAUGACAGAAAAGAAAUCCAGUCUGACAGCAACCCGAAAUCAUCAUACUUCACGCUCUCAAUCUCAGAGAGUGACAUAUCAGAAGGUGGGGGAGAUUAAGGAUCAAAUAAUUAGAGCCAGAGCAUACUUGGGAUUUUUCCCUCCAAAUAGCAAUUCACACUUGUUAAAGGAAUUGAAGCUGAGAAUUAAAGAGAUGGAACGUGCAGUUCGAGACGCUAUCAAGGAUUCAGAUCUGUCAAGGAGUGCUUUGCAGAAAAUGAGACACAUGGAGGCUUCACUGUCUAAAGCCAACCGUGCUUUCCCAGACUGCACUGCUAUGGCUACUAAGCUCCGUGCAAUGAAUCAUAAGGCUGAAGAGCAAGUUCGUUCUCAGCAACGUGGAGUAACACAUCUUGUUCAUCUUGCUGCAAGGACCACUCCAAAAGGUCUUCACUGUCUUUCUAUGCAGCUAACUUCUGAUUUCUUUGCCCUGAGACCAGAGGACAGGAAGCUGCCAGAUGAAAAUAAGAUUCAUAAUCCCAAACAUUAUCAUUAUGCUGUCUUCUCUGACAAUAUUCUUGCAUGUGCAGUGGUUGUUAACUCCACAGUCUCUAAUGCCAAGAAACAGGAAAAACUUGUUUUCCAUGUAGUGACCAAUUCACUCAACUUUCCGGCAAUCUCCAUGUGGUUCUUAUUAAACCCUCCGGGUAAAGCCACAGUCCACAUACAGAACAUUGACAACUUUGAAUGGUUGUCCAAGUACAAUACAUUCAAGAAAAAUAAUUCCAGUGAUCCAAGAUAUACUUCUGAAUUGAACUACCUGCGUUUCUAUCUGCCAGAUAUCUUCCCUACUCUAAAUAAGAUUCUGCUCUUUGAUCACGAUGUUGUGGUGCAAAAAGAUCUCAGUGAACUAUGGAAUGUUAAUAUGAAUGGAAAAGUAAUUGCAGGUGUUGGGACUUGUCAGAAAGGUGAAACUUCAUUUCACAGGAUGGAUAUGUUCAUAAACUUCUCAGAUCCAUUCAUUGCAAAGAGGUUUGAUGUCAAUGCUUGUACAUGGGCAUUUGGGAUGAACUUGUUUGAUUUGCAGCAGUGGAAGAGACAUGAUUUAACUGCGGUCUAUCACAAAUAUUUGGAAAUGGGAGCCAAGAUGCCAUUGUUGAACAGUGGAAGUCUGCCUCUAGGCUGGCUCACUUUCUAUGAGAAGACUCUGAUUUUGGACAGACGGUGGCACAUUCUUGGCCUUGGUUACGACUCCAUAGUCGAUACAAAUGAGAUUGAGCGUGCUGCCGUUAUUCAUUACGAUGGAAUCAGGAAGCCUUGGUUGGAUAUUGCGGUGGGCAGAUAUAAGAGUUACUGGACCAAAUUCAUGAAGUUUGACCUCCCCAUUUUGCAGCGUUGCAAUCUACAGGCGUAGCGCAGCAUCUAAAUGUUAUGAUACCUGGAAGGUGUUGUUUGAUUAAUUUGCUGGCGCAUUAGUUUCGUGCUUGUAGUCGAUUCUUUCUGUUCUUUAGCAGUUGAGCGAUUCUUCUUGUAAAGCCCUCUAUAGCUCCACAGAAUUUUACACAGAUAUGAUAUCUUUAUAGAAGCUUAGCCAAUUUGUAAUGACACUGAUAUGAAAUAAGACUCGGAUAGAAGGCAUUUUAGCUGCUUGGAGAUGCUGCUACCGGUUGUUGUGUACAUAUUUCAUUCAUGAGUUCUAUUAGGUUAUGCCA